UUGAUUGUGUUAUAAUAUUUCCUAAUACUCAAACACUUACUAUACAUUUGAAUGAACAAUUAAAAGUCGGUAAUACGUAUGAUGUUCGUAUUUCAUUCUUUCGAGCAUUAAGUAUACAUGGAACUGGUAUAUUUGAAAAUCAAUUUAAUACAAAUCAAUUUGGCACACAAACAUCUCGAAUGAUAUUAACACAUUUUGAGCCAGUACAUGCUCGAGAAGCAUUUCCAUGUUUUGAUGAACCAGGUUUUAAAGCCAAAUUUCAAUUAACAGUAAUACAUGAGACUAACACUCAAGUUUUGAGUAAUUGGAAUGAAGAAGAAACUAUUGUGAGUCAAAAUUUGACUUAUACUGAAUUUCAAACAGUACCACCAAUACCAACUGCAUUAAUAGCUUUUGCAAUAUUUUAUAGUAAUGAUUUUGAUAAGAAAACAGCAAUAGCAACACAUCCAAUAACUAAUCGAAAUAUUGAGAUUAAUUUAUGGGCACGAAAAUUAUUUUUUGUAAAUGAUAAUGGGGCCUACAUUGAUGGACCACUCCAUAUGAUUCAAGAAAUUCUUACUGCUCUUUUAAAGAUUUUUCAAGAAGUUCAAACUCCUAUUGUGCCAAAGAAAAUAGACAUUCUUGCCGUACCUGAAUAUCCAUCUGAUGCAGUAUCACAUUGGGGUUUCAUUAUAUUUUUUGAACGUGCUCUUCUUCAUAAUCCAGCAAUAACAUCAGAAAUUGACCAUCAAAAAAUUGCUUUAUCAAUUGCUAAACAAUUAGCUGAACAGUGGUAUGGAAAUUUUAUUUCAUUUCGAUGGUGGACAGAUUUAUGGUUAGAAGAAGCAAUUUCUAAUUAUUUAAAAUAUCAUGCAGUUAAUAUGGCUUUUCCACAAUGGAAUAUUCAUAAUCAAUUUUCUACUGGAGAACUUUUACCAACUAUGUUUGAUGAUUCUAUGAGUACAUCACAUCCAAUAGUGAAAACAGUUAAUAGUCCAACGCAAAUUGAUGAAUUAUUUGAUAGUAUUGAAACAACAAAAGCAACGGCAAUUUUACGAAUGGCUGAUUAUUAUAUGGAAAAAACUAUGGGUUCGAAAAAUAAUACAUUACUUAAUGUUGUGGUAAGCUAGUAGUCAGAAUAGUUUGAUAAGUUCAUUGACAAAAAAAAUGUCAAAUGCAGUGCUUUAUCCAGCAUAUGGAUCGAGAGAGCGAUGUUUCUUCGAAGAUCGAGUUUCUCAUCUCAAAGUUAAUGAUUAUUGUGCCAUAUAUAGAGAUGUACAGUUUCAUUUUAUUGACCAUCGACCGACGUCACCAACUCAGUGUAAUUAAUGUACACUGGCGUCAGUACUUACUGAUGCAUUGAAACACAUCGCUACAAAAAGGGCCUAUUUUAAUAGAGUUAGUGUCUCUAUGUUGCAGCGAAUGUGAAAGUUAUGGUAGUUAAUGCUUCAGUGAACCCUUUGCUAGUGACACACUGUUAAGCAUUUACAUCAACACUG